UUUCUUUUUUUUGUCCUAACAGGCUACCAUACAACCUGCGCUGGCUGUGCUGUUGUUGAUGGUGUGUCAGCUAGCGAGUGUGCAGCGUGGAAGCGGCGUAUUAAAUCCACAUGAAAUAACUAGAAUAUAAAUAUUGAAAGUAUUAACAAACAUGUCAGACAAAGGAGAAGUGGAUUUAACGGGGGCAAAACAGAACACGGGCGUAUGGCUGGUCAAAGUCCCAAAGUAUUUGUCACAGCAAUGGGCCAAAGCAACAGGGAGAGGAGAAGUUGGAAAGCUCCGAAUAUGCAAGAAUCAAGGCAAAGCAGAGGUGUCUUUCACACUCAAUGAGGAGCUGACCACCUUAGACACGAUAGGACAGAAAUCCUCUAUGGUACGAGCCCCUAGAGAGCAUCCAUUCACUCUGCAGACGGUUGGUGGACAGACUCUGGCUGUGUUUACUGAAAACUCUUCAGACAGCUCAUUGGGGCAGUCAGAUCCCGAGGCCGGCGGCUCAGGUACAGGCCCAGAUAAAAUUGCACUGGAAGGAGUGGUGGUGCAGAGAGCUGAAUGCAGACCGGCCGUCAGUGAAAACUACAUGAGGCUGAAGAAACUGCAGAUCGAGGAGUUAUCUAAACCCCUCAGGUUCUCUCAACAGCUCGACAAAGCAGUUACCACCAACUACAAACCUGUAGCUAAUCACGCCUAUAAUCUGGAUUAUGAAAAGAAGAAGAAAGAAGAAGGGAAGAGGGCACGAGCAGAUAAACAGCAAGUGCUGGACAUGCUGUUCUCUGCUUUUGAGAAGCACCAGUAUUAUAACAUAAAGGAUCUGGUGGACAUCACAAAACAGCCUGUGAUUUACCUGAAGGAGAUUCUCCGAGACAUUGGCAUAUACAAUGUCAAAGGCACCCACAAGAACACCUGGGAGCUCAAACCAGAGUACCGACACUACCAGAACGAAGAGAAGAGCGACUGAUCAUUUUCAAAGCCUGUUACCAGUGGCUAUGAAAACUCAAAAAGCCAACUUCCCCAAUAAGUUUAAAAUGUUGUUUCUGGAUCAUUUCUUCAAGGAUGAUUCAGUUGUUUUUACAGGUGUAUCAGAAAACUAUGUGGCAUUUUACAAUGCUAAACAGUUGUAUUAUGCAUAUCAAGGGAUUCCCAUGAAAAAAAAAAAAAAAAAAAAACUAGUGAUAGAGGUAUCUUCAGUCAUCUGACAUGAAAAGAACUUAGAAUCUUCUCAUCUAAAUGUUGUGUAUUAAAAGGGUGAAGUGUUUUUUUUUUUUUUAAGAAUACUGAUAGAUUAAUGGUAAACAGUUGUUUUAUUCAGAUUUAGUUUUGUGAUUGAAACACUUAUUUUAUAUGGUAUUUCAUGUUCUUAAAUGCUCUUGAAAUAAAGGUUUUUGUACAAAAAAAAA